AUGAACAGUAGGAAUCGCAGUACGGUGACAGAAUUCAUUCUUCUCGGACUGUCCAGUGACCCCAGUGUACAAAUUAUAUUAUUUAUCAUCUUCCUGGUUGCCUACAUAGCCUCUCUGGCUGCUAAUUGUCUUCUUAUUCUGGCUGUGAGCGUUGACCGCCAUCUACAUAACCCUAUGUAUUUUUUCCUCGUUAAUCUGUCCAUUGUUAACCUUGGUGGCCCUUCAGUCAGCGUUCCAAAGAUGCUUCUGAAUUUCUUAUAUGGGGAUAAAAGUAUUUUGUUUGCAGGUUGUGCAACCCAGAUAUUUUUUAGUCUUCUUCUGGGAUUAAUUGAAGGUAUCCUCCUGGUUUUUAUGGCCUACGAUCGUUUUAUUGCAAUAUGUAAACCUCUCCGCUAUCACAUGGUUAUGAAUAGAUCAGCUUGUACAUGGAUGAUUGCAGUUACAUGGACAGUGAGCUGUGUUAUGUCAUCAGCUGACACAUUCCUUUUAUGUAGCUUAACAUUUUGUGGACCUAAUACAAUCAACCAUUUCUUCUGUGUGAUACCUUCACUGAUGCUCUUGUCCUGUAAUGAUAACUCUUUAUUUGAUAUCUUGAUAUUGUUUGGAAGUACAGCACUUCUGCUUAUCCCACUCAUUCUCAUUAUUUUCUCUUACUAUAAAAUAAUGGCUUCAAUAUUACGAAUCCAGUCUGGGCGAUACAAAGCUUUUUCCACUUGUCUUUCACAUCUGAUCGUUGUAGCAAUGUUUUAUGUGAUAGCUACGGUUAUGUUCAUGCAACCAUCAUCUUCUGUUGAUGAUAACAGAGACAAGAUAGUAUCAGUAUUCUAUGUUGUAGUCACCCAUCUGCUAAACCCUUUAAUCUACAGUCUGAAAAAUAAAGAUGUGCUCAGAGCUAUGAGACGGUUAGCAAUAUUGCGGUGA